AUGAAAUUCAACAAAGCUUUAGAAAGUAGUCUGGAAAAUUUCCCCCCAGAUUGGAAACCUUUCCUUAUUCAAUACAAAACUCUCAAAAGAUGUAUCAAAGCAAUUGUUCAAGAACUAAAUGCUAAAGGCGUACUUCAAAUUAUGGCCAACGAAGGCUACAGAAUUGAGUAUAGUUUUGAAUGUUACAAGCCUGAAUGCACCUUCGAAGACGGCCCAGUUUGUGUUCGUCCAUGUGUUAAAGUCUGCCCAAACUGCCACGGACGUGCUUUUGAAGAACCCUUGCAUUUUAAAAAUUAUAAUUCGAUUUCAUCUUUGCCAUUAAACCUUCCGAACAAUAAUAAUAUGGAGUUAUCCCCUUUGGAGAUUUAUCAACUAAAUCUCCUUCAAAAGCGAAAUCAAGAAAAGUUUCUUGCUAGCUUAAAAAACCUAAAAGAAUUGUUGAUUGAAGUUACAUCACCCUUUAAGAAUGAUAUGUAUACUUGGCGCAACAUAUUUCAAAUUUAUACAGAAAACAAAAUUUUCGUUGGAAAUACCGAAUCUGAUAGAGAAGAAAGAAAUUGGGAAUUCUCUCAAAAUCAAUUAACCUCUUUCAUUGAUAGAAUUAACAAAUCUUAUUUGGUUAAAAGGUUGAAACACCCGUUAUCCAAAACUACUUUUGAGAUAUUUUUGAAGCUUAAUCAUAGCCUUGUUUCAAUGAAACAAUUUCAAGACAUUAACCAAAAGGCGACAUCAAAACUCAUUAAAAAGCAUGACAAGAAAACAUCUCUAGUUUCUUAUUCAAACUUCAAUUGUUUAAUAGAGAAGUAUUUGCCUCUCUCGAAAAAUGAGUUCAAAUCUCUCUGCUAUGAAAUGGAGCAAUUAACGACCAUUAUUCCUCAACUCGACGAUUAUAGCUGUCCUAUCUGCUUAAAUAUCGCCUGGAAACCUAUUCGUCUUUGUUGCAUGCACAUAUUCUGUGUUAGAUGUCUGGUCAAAUCUGGACGUAAAGGUAUGCGCAAUUGUCCAAUUUGUCGGGCAAAGGAUGCUUUGUACAAUGUUGAAGCAAGCAACUUGGACGUAUGUUUGAUGAAUUUCUUAGGCCUUUACUUCCCAAAAGAAGUUCACAAAAAACAAAAAGACGACGACCGAGAACGAGUUGCUGAAGAAAUGGAGGCCAUAACAGGCCUAAGAAUCGAGGAAAGAGAAACCUGCAUAGUGUUAUGA